AUGCAGGCGACAAAUCAGAGACGCACGUGGAAGGACGCGAGCGCAGAUCACGUGAUUGCGUGCGCAUGCGUAGAAGGCAAUGGGAAAAUGAAGACGACACGAGUUGUCAACAAUUACACCCUGCUUGCGCAAAAUUCUGAACUCCGCAACGUCGGCCCCGCACUUAUUCACAAAAGCAGGCCAUUCGUAUUUCUCACGAAUGCCAGCGGCCGGUGUUCGAAUCCAGAUGAAAGCAGGCGUUCGAAAGCUGAUUUUCAAAACCUUUUGACUGAAAAAAAUUCCUGCCAGCGUCACACCAGCGUGUUUGCCUUCAGCGUCCUUCUUUUCCUUGAAUUCUUUCUUUCUUUUUUGUUUUUCUCUUCUUUCUUUCUUUCUUUCUUUCUUUCUAGUUUUUGUUCUUCUCUAUUUUCCUUACUUAUUUUCCUUUUCUUUCUUUCUUUCUUCCUUGCUUUCUUUCUUUCUUUCUUCUUCCCUCUGCUUUUCUCUUUUUUCUUUCUUUCUUUUUUAUUUUUCUCUCCUCUUCUCUCUCGUCUUUUCUUUCUUUCUUUAUUGUUAUUUGUUCUCACAUCUUCCCUCUUUUUUUCCCUCUUUUUCUUUCUUUCUUUCUUUCUUUCUUUCUUUCUUUCUUUCUUUCUAGUUUUUGUUCUUCUCUAUUUUUCUUACUUAUUUUCCUUUUCUUUCUUUCUUUCUUUCUUUCUUUCUUUCUUUCUUUCUUUCUUUCUUUCUUUCUUUCUAGUUAUCUGUUCUUCUCUUUUUCUUUCUUUCUUACUUUUCUCGCUUUUAUUCUUCCUCUGCUUUUCUCUUUUUCUUUUCUUUUCUUUUUUUAUUUUUUCUCCUCUUCUCUCUCGUCUUUUUUUUCUUUCUUUAUUGUUAUUUGUUCUCACAUCUUCCCUCUUUUUUUCCCUCUUUUUCUUUCUUUCUUUCUUUCUUUCUUUCUUUCUUUCUUUCUUUCUUUCUUUUCAAUAA